GGCCGAUAGUGCUGCGGAGAGUAGACGGAGCUGACAGACUGGUCCUCUUUACUGAAAGUAGAAUGGCCCAGAACGGAACAACAGAGAAUGGAGUGGCCGACGACAUGCCUUUCCCCCAGCCUGUCAAAGUCCAGGACAUCAGGCACACCAAGGUGAGGCGCACGUGGAGAGGUUUGAAGUCCUUGACAGUACAGGUUUUACUUUUAAUGUGUGUUACUGUAACUUGAGCUCUCGUGGUAGUAAAGCCCCUAAAUGUCUCACCCUCCACAGAUUUUUAUCGACAAUGAUUGGCACACAUCCAGCAGAGGAAGGACGUUUCCAACUUUCAACCCAGCAACAGGUGUCAAAAUCUGUGAUGUGGAAGAGGCAGACAAAGUAAGAGUGCUGCUGCCUUCACGUUCAUUUAACAAGAAAAUUAAAAAAUAAAUAAAUAAAUACAUUCAACUUAGAAGUACGAUUUUGUUAGUAGCCUAUAGUACAUUUGAGCAGUUUUAGUGAAAUAAGUCUUUAUUGUUCUACAAUAGAUGGGCCUAAAUAAAGAAAUAAAUAAUCAGGGUAAGUUUUGCGCUUAGUAACACAGCAUCUGUAGGGUAGACUGCUAAACUCCUGUUUACUUCACGGUAAUAUCAAUUUAUGAUAAAUAGAGGUAGGUCCAAAAUUUAGUAGGCUAUUUUACUCUUCUCUGUGUAGGAUAUCUGCUGAACUAGACUCACAUUCUGACUGGUAAACUGUAUGUAGUGAUAUUCUUGUCCUAACAUUGCUCACCCUCCCUCUGCGUCAUGUCUCGGCGCAGGAGGACGUGGAUAAGGCGGUGAAGGCAGCGAAGUUGGCCGGGAAGAGAGGCUCACCAUGGCGAAGGAUGGACGCGUCCAGCCGGGGGAGGCUGCUGCACAAACUGGCCGACCUGAUGGAGAGGGACCGGCUGCUACUGGCAGUGAGUUCACCUUUCUAUACCGUCUUUAAAAAGGCUACAUAAUCUACAUUAAUACAUUUAAUCCUUACAAAAACCCAGCAGGUCCUUUGGCCUCAAGUCAAGUCAAGUCAGUAACAUUAGAUUUAACACAGGCGUCAUUCACGUAGGUAGGCCAGGUAUAUUUGCUAAAUAUUAUUCAUCAGAAAAUAUUAACAUUGAAACGUGGAAAAAAUCCCUCUAUAAGUAAUGCACAUUAUUGGAUAACUCAUUAAAGUAUGGAGAAACCUGCUUACUUUGAACUCUUAACUGAAGUGAUUGGAUAUUUUUGCAGCAUGAUUUGUCAGUAUUACUCUUUGUGUAUUUGUGUACACAGAAGUUAUUGCUGUAGGUAUUCAUCAAAAUACACCACUACAAGCCAAGUAUAAGGGCUUCAUUGACUGUGAGGAAUAAAAGUGGAUGAGUGGGCAUCAAGUAGAAAUUAGUAAGUUUCUUAAAACAAAUCGCAGUACUUAUUUCAAGGAUUUGUGCUUAGAGCUAUCAGGUCUAUGUGGCUUACAGGGUAUUUUGCAAAAAGUUUUUUUUUUUCUGAUGUGGACAUUGUCCAAUCAGCUGACUGCCAUGCAGUUUACAAACAUGUAUGUUUUAUAUAUAUAUUUUUUCACAAAAUUUGUUUUUUAAUCCACAUAAAAUACUCUAGUAAAAUAACUCAAAAAGUACAAGUGCACAUAAAAGUAAUAUGUUACAGUAAUGUGAGUGAACGUCAUCAUUUAUUUUCCACUGCUCAAUGAACAAUUAUUAUAAAAAAAUGGAGAAAGUAGUACAGGAAAACAGUAUAAAAUGUCUACAUGUUUGAUAAGCGAUAAAACUCACUGCAUUGGCAGAUAUUUUUACUCAUCCCAAACUAUUUAGGACUUAUUUUGAACCCAUAGUAUCUUUAAAUAAGAUCUGCUGUAAAGUCGGUUGUGAAAUCUUAUUGUGAUGAUAUGUUUUGAUCAGAAGUAAAGCACACUUUCUGAGACCAGAGUUUUUGCAGCAAUGUUCUUUGUACACUAAUAAGGAUAAACAAGAUCAAAUAUAAUAACCUUGUCAGCAGUCAUGCUGGUCAUUUCUGAUGACUUCUUUACUGAGAAAAGUGCAUUUUAGUUUAACCUAAAUAGUAAGGGUGUAAAUGUAGUAAGCUUUAUCACAAAACUUCAUUCAUGAGACUGAUGUAAGUAAAAAUAAAAUGAAACCAACCCCUUCACUUUCAGCCAAGUAGUGAUAAGACUUCAUAAGUGAUGUAAGAAGAUCUAAUCUGGCCAGCAUGAAGCAAAAACUGUUAACCAUCUCCAUAUUCAGCAAAUGAAAGGCUCAGAUCAACCAAGCAGCAGGCUGAGGGUUAGAGUUUCUCAGUUAUGGAUUUCCAGAUGUUGAAAAAUAGUUUAAUCAUCACGACCCACUUUUGUUUUUGUGCUUCAUUACAUGUGAAAGUGCUGCAUUAAAAUCUUCCUCAAGUUAAAGAGCAGUAGAAUAACUCAUCAAAUGUUUAUUAGAGGUUGGUGUUAGUGUGCCCACAGUGCUUCGGUGCUUUGUCGACCUUUUUUGUCAUUUUUUGUUGAGUCUUGUCUGAUAUAAACCCAGUGUCACAUUCAGACCAAAACUAGGCUGAUGAUUUCUUGUUUACUCCUCGGUGGUUCAGAUUUGUGGGAUUUUCCUGCAGCUGAAACACAUCCAUGUGCUGUGAUGAUACAGACUUAUUCAUAUCAGGGAUUGGCUAGUGCUGCUGCCUGACAUCAUGGCACUGUGACUCCACCCCGGCCUCUCUUUGUCUUUGUAGUGAUUGCUGGAUGUUAAGUUCAGACUUUUCUUGGACUGAAUUCUCUGUUUUUACUCUGUGUAGCUGCCAGCUCGCAUUAGGACUUCGAUCUGUAAAUGAGCCCUCACAGAUGUGAGUAAUAGAAGCAGAUUGCAUGUGACUGCUAAUUGCAAACAUGCUCUGGAGUGGUAGUGUGCAGGGUAUGGCUAAUUACACUAAACUCCCAGCUCUUUUGGGGGAAAUAAGGACCAGAUUCAGAGCACUUAAAUGUACAGCAAAGCUGCGUGGUGGUUUCAGUAUCUGCUCAAGCUGUGGCGCGUCACUGUGGCUUAUUUUCUUUCAAUAAGUAACUCCAGUACACAUGCUAAAGAUGUAGUGAAGGGGCAGUGUGCACAGCAGAGUGUGGCCUCAUGCUGGGCUCAUUGUCUUGUAUUAAUCUGCACAUUGUAUAUAACAGUGGACCACUGUGGCUGCUCCACCCCUGGCUCCACAGAGAAACUAUUCUGCCAGCUGUUUCAGCCUCAUAUAACUGGCUGCCUUUGUUCAGCCCCAGAUUAAUUCAACAUCAUUACAGUAAUUGUUGUUAUAAUAUCUGGAACCAAUAAGUAUAACAUCAUAUUAAAUUCCUGGUAUGUUGUUCAUCAGAGAAAUAAAACAGUAAGUAGAUGGGCAGGAGUUACUUUCUGUCAAAAAAAAUGUUAUUUUUGAAAACUUCACUUUUAAACGGCGGAUAGAGACACCAAUCUGACACCACUGUGUCAGUGUGUUAAUAAUCAAGGGUGUUUGCUUGUAAGUCUGUUUAAGUUAUCGGCUUUGCUGUGUUUUAUGUAGAGCCCAGCCCAGAUUAGCACUUUGUCAAACACUCAAAUGACAAAGAAAUUUCUCAUUUAACCUUUAUUAAGUUAAAGAAAAACAGAUUUAUUUACAGUCGCCAUGUAAUUCAGUAAAGCGCAUGUUAAUAAUACAUUACCAUCUAUGUUACUGGACUGUGUUGUUUGCUGUCAUCUUUCUUGGUGGCAUGAGAAAACAGAUCCAAACUUGUGGUGCAGAGAAGGUAGUAGGCUUUUUGAUUCUUAGUAUCAGGGUUGAUACUGAUUUAAAUUUCUUUAAAUUACAAUGUACACCAAAUACCAAAUCCAGUAAAUAACCUGUCACAUAUCCACCGCCCCGAUAGAGUGUAGACAUGGUGUUGGUGAGGGAUGGAUGCUGGAUGAGCUGAGGAUCUGGGCUUGACCACUGUUGAGGGGACUGAGAUGAAGGGCCAUCGAAGCAGUCAGACUAAAACAAUGACUGAAAGAAAACCAGAUUUUAUCAGCAGGAUGUUGAUAGAGACCAUGCCCAAACCUGGUUGGCUAUAAAGUAAAUUACUAUAAUCAGGGUGAGAGGGAGCAAUGUGAAUGAAUUAGUAAAUGAAUGAAACAGUCUGCUGUUUGAACUUGUGCUGAUUAUCAUUCUGAAGAUUGUUUAAGUCACAUGUAAGACCAUUUCAGUCCUCUCAUAGACCAACAAGGCAAGAGCCUGAGGAAAAGAUCUUUUCUAGUAAUUUGGCAGGAACAAUCUCUGAUAUCACAGGUAAAUAGAAGAUUUAUUUUUUCAAGUAAGUGCAAACACACUUUCAUUGAAAUGAUUUCUUCUCUGCUGCUCUAACACUUGCUGAUCACUGACUAAAUAUAUCAGCAAAAGUCUUAAUUUACCCUUUAAGAGCGUCAAAGAGGAGCUGAUUUCAGGAGAAAGAUGUUUUUGAGGGGGCUGAUACAUCGUUGCAUGUGGAGGACCUCCUGAUGCUGGUACCAAAAGCCUGUUUGUUCAAAGGGUUGUGAAUACAGGGUGUCAGAGUUGGAUGGUAAACUGUGGAGAAGAAACACCAGCAUGGAUUAUACAUGUAUUCAUAUUCACUGUGCUGUCUCAGAAUGACUGUAACUCCACACAAUGGUUGAAUUUCAUGGGACAGCUCACAAAUCUUCUCUGCUGCACCUUUAACCUUAACAAAAAUACAGAAAGACUUGGGUGCCAGUAGCCGAUGUGGUCUGAGUGUGCCCCAUAUACAGAGACUGCAUUCCUUGACCCAGUGGUCGCUGGUUCCACUCCUGAUCGCUGCAUGUCUUGUACAUCCUGUGCAGUAACAGAGACAAUCACAUGUCUUUGCCCAGAUCUUGUCCUGCUGAUGUUUGUUUUUCUUUCACUUACAGACACUGGAGAGUUUGGACACUGGGAAGCCCUUCCUGCAGUCCUUCUUCAUCGACCUGGAUGGCAGCAUCAAAACCCUUCGGUACUACGCAGGCUGGACCGACAAGAUUCACGGGAAGAGUCUGCCUAUAGGUCAGUGUGUGUGUUAUCUUCCUUUAACAGUUGGGAGCUCUACACAAACACACACCUAAAAAAAAGUAUGGCUUGAUGCUGUUGUUCAGAGGUUGAUGGAAACAUGAGUCAGGGACAACCAGCCUCAGAGGGAAAAAAAAUGUGUUCGUUCAAAUGAUUUCUUCAUCAUGGUCCAGUUUCUUAGUGCCUGAUAACAGAUCAGUCUAUGUCACUGUUCCUAACAUUAUUCCAGUCAUUAUAGAUAUGGCAUCAGUCACGUAUGAUGAUCAACAUAAGAUGGACUUAAUAAUAAAAAUAAUACUAAAAUAGAUAGAAAUAAAGCUUGACAGUGACUAACAAAAACUGACACAGCAUCUUUACUAAACUGACUGAGAAAGAAGAAGCACCAAGCACCACGACUAUCACACGUCCUCUCUGGUCUGACUUCAAUUUUGACCUGAUGACUGCAAAAAAACAAACUCUGUCCUUUUAUUAAUCUGUAUUUUAAGGGCACUUUAAAGUGUGUCAUUUUCUGAAAUAGUUUUGAUACCAAGACAGCAUUUUGUUAACCUGCCAAAUAUUAAUAACCUGACUGACACACAAGUUAAGCUGCUCCUCCUAAGGUACUGAUUUGAUUUGAUUUAUUUAGCACCAAGUUAAGAAAAACAGUGCAAGGAGGGAACAAAGCCUGGAGGGGUUGUACCAAGUUCCAUACCCAUCAUCUAAAAAUUACAUAAAAAUCAAGAUAAACAAUAAAAUGUACAGUGCAACAUAGAAAAACUAUAAAACAUAAACAAAAUUUAUUACUGCUUAGGAGGUGGAGCGAUAGUCAAAUAACAAUACAAAUACAUAAUACGUUAUAGACCAACCCUGGUCUGUCAUGAAAGCUGUGUCAACAGCUGUGGACAGACAGAUCUUUUGAGUGGUAUUAACUAAUCAAAAGAUAACUAACAUUUCAAAUAUGUAUUUUACACUCUCACCGUGCCACUUGGUGUAGUCGUUUCCACAGUCACAGCCACGACAAUCGGGAACAACCUUAAGACUCUCAGACCUCAUGUGAGCUCGUCGCCAGGUUGAAAAAGCCCCACCCCCUGACAGAACUCAACAUAUUAAGUUAUUGCUGCUAAAUAUGAUCAUUGCAUUUUUCAGCUGAAAAGUACAAACCGCUAAUUUGAUUUAGUAAUGGCAAUGUCUUUUUACAAAACAUAAAACAAUAAAAAAAAUGCAUUAUUUGGCAAGUAUUUGGAGGUCAGAGGCCAGGCUAGAUAUAUAAACCACUUUACACUGAAGAUAGUUUAAUUGGUUUUAAGAUUAUUUUUGAUUUACAGUCUGGAGGGGAAAAAAAGGUACUUAGAUAUGACAGUUGAUAUCAUGGAAACCGAUUCUUUCAACUAGCCCUAUGCAUUACCUUUGACUGAAUGUCAUUCUUUCUCAGGGCUAAGCGUGGACAACAAAUCAGAACAUCAGAAAAAAAAAAUGUGACUCAGUCUGUCAGGCUCCACCUCUGAUUUUAAAAGGGACACAACCUGCCAUGUACUUGAUCAAGAGCAGAGACCUACAGGUUUCUCUUUUGUUAUCGCCCUGUUUCUCUGCCUAAAUAAAUAGUAGAUGGGAGAGGCCUCUUUGGUGUCUGUAUUUAUUCACAGAGGAAGACUGUGUUUCAUGUUUCAGAAGUUUGCUGCAGUGUUGUGAGUUAAUGUGGUGAGCAGACAGAGCUCUGAUCUCUGCCUGUUAUUCAUGCUCUGCCUCUCUCUGCAUAACCGGCAUGAUCUGUGCUAUUUUAGUGCACUGACCCAAUCUACAAUCAAUGCCUCAGUAAGCUGCAUACUGAGGAAGAGAAAAGCUGCACAAACAAGAAGUUAUUACCAUAAUUUAUUUCUGCAGCCCAGUUAUCAGAUGUAUUGUGAAUUCUUGUGUUAAUGACGUCUAUUUUUUGUGUGUUAAUGACAAACUUGAAUCUUAGAAAAUAAAAGAGGAAUGUGAAUAGUGCAAUGACUAAAGAUUUAAAGGUUUAAACAAAAUAAAAGUGGUGAUUUACCAACAUAAGUGAUAGAAGAAAUAGAUUAAAGAUCGAUAAAAGAAAUAUAAAAAUAUAUAUUAUUGACAGAAAGGAGGAGUAAAUAAGUAGAUUAAAAUGAUCUACCCAACCAAAGCCAAAGGCCACCAUAAAAUUAGUGUAAAAGACUUAAAACCAUGAAUAAAAAAAGCAAACCAAACAAAGAUCCAAACACAGUGGAUCUUUCUUUGAGUAGAGAUCUGAGCGUUAAAGUUUGAGUCAGACUCAGAGUAAACAACCAUUUUUCAAACAUUCAAACAUCUAUAUAAGUGAGAAAGAAAGUUUGUUUCUGAAUCCUCCUCUGGAAAUCUUUCAGGAUUGAGGUCUUUGAUUGGCUGCUUCAAACUGUUUCUGUCACAGCGUUAGUAUCAUAACAGAAACCAAAGUUAGUUUCUUCUUUGAAGUCCAACAGUGAGAGGCACCCAGACUUUGUUCAGUCAGAUUUUUUGUGGCUGUAACUCAAAGGUUUUUGCCAAAGUUUUGUUUAUUUCUUAUUUUGUUUAUUAGGUUUAAGCUUGUCAGAAAAAGGGGGGUGACUUUUGUUGCGAUUGUCCUUAAAUGCACCACUUGGUAAUGGGUUAAUUACCAAAGCGCCUGUGACUCAGCCGGUCUCAGGAUUGUCCUCAGGAUUGUCCUCAGCCCUGGGUGGUAUCUCAUCCAGCUCUGAAUACUUCCUCCUCUUGUCAGAUCCUACUUUGUGUCUCCCCGACCUCUGCAAGACGGCAGAUAGACAAAACAUGGCUGCCUUUUUCUUCCCGAUUAGAUCCCAAUAGAGCGCUGAAAGAGGAAAGGAACGCCGGACAAAGGGAAGAGGAAGAGGCUGAGAUAGUAAUCAGUGAGGUGCAACAGUCUGAGAGGAUUAAGUAGUCAGUGUGGGCUCAGUGCCCACCAAGCAGACAGCCUCUUCACCUGUAAUCCUCACUUAUGCUCAGACACAGGCUGCUGGUCAUCUGGAACAGACUCAUGAGGUGUAGUUUAAAUAUCAGGGUUUCUUAUAAAGUUGCAGAGGCAGACGUUUCCUGUACAAGGACUGACUUAACCUCAUUUUAUACAACUUGUGUAAAUGUCCAUUAGAUUGUGUUUUGUCUCAACUCAUUUCUUGAGUCUUAAAGCCUAACUAAAUGAUCUGCAUUGAAAUUACAACAGAAAAGUUGGAGUGGUUAUAUUUAGACCCCUCACUCAAGGCUGAUACUUGACAAAUAGCUGAUUAUUGAUAUCAGCAUUCUUCCUUACAGACCAGCAGUAAAAUGAAUUGAUUAAAUAGUGUGCUACUUUCGGUGUGUCUGUUUUGUAGCACCACCCUAAACCCAAUCUGAUUGACUGGGUGUCACAUAACUAUAUUGUAAUUGUACUGUAAGUGUAAUUAGUCAACUGUGAACUCGUGUUAAUGAUAAGGAACACUUCAGUUUUACUUUAAAUACAGAUCUCUUCAGUAAUCUGACUCAUGACCUUCUAUUAACUGGUAAAAUUGGCCCUGAAUAAGAGUAUUGGUAGACCCCUGUGUAAAAUGUGAGCUGCUGACUGUUCUUCCUCCGUUUCUGCAGAUGAAAACUUCAUGUGUCUGACCAAACAUGAACCCGUAGGAGUCUGUGGAGCCAUCAUUCCAGUAAGUAUUGGCAGGUUUGGUCAUUAAUAUGUACGUUUAUUUACAAUACUUGGUAUGUUAGAUUAGUUACAAUGCACAUGUCAUACUCUAAAUUUGACUGAGAAAAGACAUUCAUUUUUAUGCUUUUUUUUUGCAGUUAUUUCUGUCAGCUCAAGCAGCAGAGCCCUCCUUGUUGUUGUAGAUUUUCUUGUUACCUUAUCCUGAUCAACUUGUAGUAGACUGUUUCGAUGCUGAUUUUUUUUUUUUAUUUAACCUUUAUUUAACCAGGUAAAGUCCCAUUGAGAUCAUGAUCUCAUUUACAAGGGCAACCUGGCCAAGAGGUCAGCAGCACACGUCAUAAUGAAUGCAAUAAAUAUAAGGGAAUCGACAACAAAUUAACGGUUAAAGUGCAACAAACAUUUUGGGACAAUUACAAUUUUCAAAACCCAGGCAUUGAUCAGUUUUGUGCAUGUAUGCUGCUGUUUUACCUGCACAAAAGACUCUCUAGCCUAACUGACUUUCUUGGAGUUUAAGUAAGGAAAACAACUCCAGAAUAAGUGGGAAAUAUGAGCGGUGGAACCUCCCAGUGAAAGCACACGUAGUGGAGAUAGGAGGGUGUAGGAAGAGGUAUGAGACAACUCAUGAAAAUGGGGUUGAAUUUCUGCUUUACUUCCAGAAGGUAUACACUGCAAGGCAGAAAUCAGGUUUUCUUAAAUCUACUAAGGACUUAGGAGAUGAAAGAGAUGUCCUUUUUUCUCACCUGACUUAGCGUCAGCUCAUUUCUUUAUUCCCAUUUUCCAUUUUAUUUCCCCCUUUCUUUUUGCAGCUCAAUCUAAAUUAUAGGGGGUCAUAAUCACUGACUGUUAUAUAAAUAAACUCAGGGUUAACCUGAGUUUAUUUAGCUGCUGUCUAAACUUCAUGAAUCAGCAAUCACUUCAGCAGCACUGUCAUGAGUUUUCAGUGCUGCUGAAGUGACUGCACUGAAUUUCAAGCAGCGUCUAGGUACGGGGCUGAAAUGAGAGCUGGGUAAUGUACCAGAAACCUUAUCUUAAUCUCUACUCCCUUUAAAGAAAACCUCCUCCCCACACAUCCCUUUGGGGGGUUUUCUUUCGGGAAUACACGACUUUGCUCCAGAGCUGCUUGGAUUACUUUCACACUUUAGAAUACAUGACUUUUUCUCUUUUGAUGAUGUGUUCAUCAGUUUGAGGGUGGGUCAGUGUUUGGUGUGUGACAGUAUUGUGUUGCACAGUCAGAUCCUGAUGGACACAUGAGCAUUAUUUGGAGAUCAUGUCAGAAUACAGACACUCAGGUUUUAUCUUUGAGCAGGAGCCUGUAACCUCUAAUGUUGCUUUGGCAACAAAGGAACAAAAUGCCUGUUGUUUGACACAGGAGAUUAUAUCAUAAAGUGAAAUUUAUACUGAAGGACGUUGUGUAAUUACUGAAAGUACUGCUGGCGCUCAAACAGUAUGAGUCAUUGUCAGAGGAAAACAAAAACCUUUCUCCAGACUUAUGAUCCUGAGAUCCCUGAGUGUUUCCAAAGUGUUGUAAAAGUUAACAACUCCUGAACAAUAAACAGGCAGCACUCAUAUGUAUGACUGUCUAAUUUGGGUUUGAGUGCCUAAUUAUUAGUCCAGAGGUUUCCAACAUGGACAAGAAGUGAAAGACAGACCCCUUCUUUUUCUGACUUUGUUUACUCAUAUUCAGCCCUGAUGAUUUAGAUUCCCCCUAUUUCUGUCCCAACGUCAACAUGAGAGAUACAGUGGGUUUGCUUAAAUAUCAGUUGUGUGUGUGUGUGUGUGUGUGUGUGUGUUGUUCUGAUUAUCAGUCCCAGUUUUUAGCCACUAACAUAGCUCUGAUGUUAUUAAAAAAACAAACAAAGUGAACAUUAAAUGAGUCAUCAAUAAACUGCAAUUUAAAAAAUAAAUUGUGAAAAGUCAGUUAGGAAAUGUUUGUACACCCUGCUAAUCUCUCUGUGCAAAGAGGGAUUAGGAGGGUGGAUGAUGUGGGUCUUUUACAAUAGGAUGGAGAUAAAGCUGGAAGUUAUAUCUAUUUGUUUCUUUGAUUUGCAGCCAAGGCUGGAUCAUAAACUACUUAGAGCGAGCACAUUUCAGCCUUCUCUGCAGAUCUAUCUGUAUAUAUCUGUAAUUUAAUACAGAUGGCAUGCCUGCAUCUCCUCCCACUGUCCUGAGUGACUUUGCAUUGCCAGUCAUGGUGAUCAAUAAAAUUCUCACUUUUUAGUAUCAAAUGACUAAUUUAAACUGAACUAGUUGGAAAAACAAACAAACAAACAAAAAAAAACAUGGACAUAAAUCACCCUGAUCAGAAGUUAGCUGUCUAACAGGAACCAUGUUAGACAAACAUUUAUUUGGUGUGUGUGUGUCCCCUUUGUCAUCUGUUGAAAACAGUCAGCUAACACUAUUUUUUUUUUUUUUUUUUUUUAAUCUUUGGACUCUGCUAGUGGAACUUUCCUCUGCUGAUGUUCAUGUGGAAGAUCGCUCCGGCCCUGAGCUGUGGAAACACGGUGGUCAUAAAGCCUGCCGAGCAGACCCCCCUCACCGCGUUGCACGUUGGAUCACUCAUCAAAGAGGUUUGGACUCAGACUUGUUAAUACAAAGCGAUCCAAGUCAACUCCUAAGACACAAAGUCUGAGUGUGUAGAGAUCUACCUGCUGUGGUUUCAUGUUUUUACUGCAUCUGUUCACAGUACAAUGUGGGGUUCAGAUACUCUCAAAAGCGCUUCCUCCAUCUCUAGACAAGAUCUCAGUUUCACACAUGACAACAGGAAUGUGUCUGUGUGAAAUUGUCUUUAUAACUCUAAAGCAAAAAUCAUCUCACUAAUACUCCCUAAAGCCUGAUUUUACAAUCUUGAAGCUUUAGAGUGUCAUCUGUCACAUGUCAGUCUGACAACGCUCAUUAAAAGCAGAGGGAGGUUCACUUCAUCACAGAAGGUGGACUCUCUCGCGUCACAUUGUUUUCAUUUAGGGGUGAGGGUCACUUUCACACCACUCAACUACUCCACUUAUUGUUUGAGUCUCUGGUCAGGUACCUGUUGUCUCUGCUCUGACCUGCUCUUUUCUCUCUGUGCUGCUCCUCAGGCCGGGUUUCCUCCAGGAGUUGUGAACAUCCUCCCGGGAUUCGGUCCCACAGCAGGAGCAGCGAUCACCAGUCACAUGGAUAUCAACAAAGUGGCCUUCACCGGCUCCACAGAGGUGUGUAUGACAGUUUACUGCUGCUGGGUGAAGUUACCUUGAUAAAGAAGUAAAAAAUAAAAAUAAAAAAAUCAACAAGUCGACUGAUGGAGAAUGAUACUACCUGUUUGAUGAGACAUUCAGUGGAUCUUAGUGAGAAAAAAAAAUCAGCUAAAAACCCCACAGGACCUUUUAAUUGAUCUAAAAAUAUCACAGCUUUAGCCUGGAUGAUGCAUCAUGUUUUAAUACUAGCUAUGCUAUUUUUUUUUUUUUUUUUUUUUUCAUAGAAAAAAAUGUAGCUCAAAGUGCUGUCCAUUCAAGCAGCAUAUACAAUAAAAAUACAAGUACAGAACCCCACCCACAUAAUUUCAGGCUUAGGAGGGGUUAAAAGAUGAGUGUUUCAAUCACAAAAUGAUAAAGUCAUAAUAACAAAGGAAUACCAAGGGACUGUAUUAAUGUUGUGGAUGAAACCCUCAACAACAUAAAAAAAUGCACAGAGGUAGAACAAUCCAUUGAUGAAUUUGAACUCACAACUAGAUUUGAUCGUCAUGGUACUCAAAUUAUUGACAGAAAUUAACGGUAGAAAUGAUUCCUCUAAGAAUCUUCAUUCUGUCCUCAGUAUUUAUAUGAAAUAAUUGGUCGAACCUUUGAAAAUAUUUGAAUACUUGCAAAGAGACUGUUUAAAAAAAAAUCCUGAUAACCAAAAAUACUAGAGUUUUCAGUGUACAUUUUUUUGUAAGAGAGUUCUGUCUCUCACUAAAUACUGAAGAUAUUGGUCGAACUCACACUGCAGUACAGUUUUUAAGCAAAAGAGAGGUGAUGAUUGUAGCUCCAAAUUUUUUUAAUGUAUGCAUAUAUUUUUUUUUAAAUCCAGAAAAAUACUUCAUCAGAUAUCAGUGUUCAUUUUUAUGUUCUUGAAAAAUGAUGAUCAGUAUUAUCCAUGAUUCACCAAGCUGUGCCCCCUGACAUGUGAAUGCUGUUACCUGUGCAGGUGGGUCAGCUGGUCAAAGAAGCAGCAGCUAAGAGUAAUCUGAAGAGAGUGACCCUGGAGCUAGGGGGGAAGAACCCGUGCAUCGUGUUCGCAGACUGUGACUGUGAGUAAAAGGUUCAGUCUCUUUACACUGUGUUACAAAGUUAAUUUCCAAACCCACUUCCAACAACUCAGUAUGUUGCUUGUGAAGGACUGAGUAUUUCAGGAUGCUCCUUUUAAACCUAAUCAUGACCCUCACCUUUUUCCAAUGAACCUAUUUACCCAUGGAGGGAUCCAAGCAGGUGUUUUUCAAGGGCUCAUUUUCCCAGACUUUUGUUGUCCCAACUGUUAAUGAACAUGUUACAGCAUUAAAUUCAAAAUGAGUGAAUAUUCACAAUAAGAAAAAUUAAAAAAGCAAUCAAGUUUAUCAGUUUGAACAUUAAAUAUCUUGUCUUUGUAGUGUAUUGAGAUGAAUAAAAAUGGAAAGGAUUCAUAAAUUAUUGUAUUCUCUUUUUCUUCACAAUGUCCAAACUUCAGUGGAAUCAGGGAUUUACUUAAUUGUAAGAUAACAUCAAGUUACAAGAAAUGUUUUACUUUAGGAGUCUCACCCUCCCUUUGCAGCCACCUCUGUUCCCCUGUCAUGACUCAGCUGACGGCUGUGUCUGGACUGAGUGCUAUAAACCCCCAACAGUGAAAAACUCAAUCCCUGAAAGAAUAAAAGUGUACAUUAUCCUAGUCUGGGAUCAGGCAGUCCAGGACUGAAGGACUUCUAAACUCAGAUCACCUUUAGAGACCUAGCAUCAGGCAGAUUUGUGCCUCAGUGUAAAUGUUUAAGCCAAGAACAGGCUGUUUGCUCGUAGAGAGAAAUCACCAGAUUACAGGGGACUCAAAGUGUUCUACUUACAGAAACUAGAAUGCUUUGUAGACCAGAUUGUCAUACAGCAUGCAUUUUGACCCAUAAACAGGAAACAUCUCAUCUUGACCCGAUGACGUGGACUAAAUAUCUGAUGAGGAGGGUGUUACUGUUGUUCAUUGUGUGUGUGUGUGUGUGUGUGUGUGUGUCCACAGUGCAGUUGGCUGUGGAGGAAACCCAGAAGGGAGCUUUUUAUAACCAGGGUCAGUGCUGCACGGCUGCGUCUCGUGUGUUUGUCGAGGAGAGUAUCUAUGAAGAGUUUGUGCGUCGCUGUGUAGAAAACACAAAAAAGAUCAUCACAGGAGACCCGCUGGACCCCCAGACAACACAUGGACCUCAGGUAAGGAACACCCCCUCUCAUUUUAGAACUUCGAGUUAGUAAUUAUCUGUAAGGUAAAUGCAACCUCGUACAAGCUGUUGUUUUAUAGAUGGAAACAAAUGUGGAAACAACUAUGAAAAUCUAAAAAUAAUAAAUUAUAUGCAUUAGAUAGAGACACAGCAUAGGCCUGAUGUGCAUGAAUAUAUGAAUGGAAACAAACAUGUAAACAACUAUGAAAACAAACCUACGAUAUGUUUGUAUAUUGUGGUCUCUCCUCCACCCCUACUCAAAGCAGCAGGUGGGCGCUGACAUGUUUGACGUGCUUGAUUACACGAAUAAUGAACCUCACGUUUUAGAACAAUUUGUUGGAUCUUAUCAUGAGUGUUUUUGUAAACCUGGGUUAUGGGGAGGGGGUUGGGGGAGGUCUGACUUUGACGGCAAACCCUUCUGCGGUGGGGUAUGACGCGGGUCAGUGGAGCGCGGCUCAGCGGGGUGAAGAUAUACUCAAAUCAGCACAAGAAGGCAAUUAAACACAAAUAUUAUAUUCAGCAAACCAAUGGACGUUGAUUAACGUGAACACUCUUCAAUCUUCCUGUCUCCAGUCAGUCUCCAGUGGGUUGGGCGAAUCCAAAAUGGUGAAAAUAAGGGGUGGUGGUUCCGAGACAGGCUGUUACUAUGGGGGUGCUCUGUAAACACCCCCAUUAGAUCUUUGUACGUUCCUUCUGAUAAAAUUAACCAUAGACUGUAAAUUGGAAAAAAUUCGAGUCAACCAAUCAGAAUUUUUGUAGACUCAGCACGUAUCGACCAAUAAGUUGACCAGUCGACUAGGACUUCACAGCCCUACAGCUGACCUAACCUGAACCUUUUUAUACUGGAGUUGCUGUCAGUUUUUUGAGGGUGGUUUUGAUUGUUGUUGGGAUUUACUACUGUCAGAAAAUAAAGUCCCUCCAAAUGUGAUAUCCAGGAGCAACCUUAGAGUCUUCCUCUUCUUAUUACAAAUUUCUGAGCUUUUAUUCCCUUUAAUGAUGAUAUGUCUUUGCCCUCUGGAUGUAGGAUGUCUUUAAAGGGGAAAUUUUUUAAAUGGGUCUACAUGGACACUAUUUAUUUUUUGUAUAUUUUGAUCUGUUAAUGAGUAAAGUCUCCACCAGUGGCUUACUUCUAGCCUCCAAAGAUUAUGUUACAGCCAUUACAAUCACAUCCAGAGCUGCUGGUCUUGACAAGUGUAAAUCCAUGACCUUUGAGACCUUUAGACCCUUCAUUUUGAUCUAGAUCUAACCCUUUUAGGGUUGUUUUAACUCUUGGCACACAAGCAUUUUAAAUAAUUAAAUUAAUCUUUUUUUCCAUCCUCUGCCUGCCUGUCUGUUUGAUUUUUUAUCCAGAUCGACCGUCAACAGUUCGACAAGAUUAUGGAUUUGAUUGAGAGUGGGAAGAGAGAGGGAGCCCGACUGGAGCGCGGAGGAGCUGCUGUGGAUGAGAAGGGCCUCUUCAUUCAGCCCACCAUCUUCUCUGGGGUUAAGGACCACAUGCGCAUCGCCCAGGAAGAGGUCUGGUUCUCUUUGUUUUCAUGAAUAAGCCUGACAUUGUCGUGUGUGUAGGGAGGUAGAAGUAAAGCCUGACACCUUGUGGAAGAGAGAUAACAGUGCAGGCAGUACGGAGAAUAAGGAAGACAAACACAGGUACUGCUUCAGUGAAAGAGAUCUUCUAAUGCAUUUCAGGAGUGUGGAGAAGCAGACCUGGGAGUAAAUCCAGAUCUGUUGCCUUGGAAUUGGUCUCUUUCUUGCUCUCUGUUUUCUUGACACCAGUUCCCACAGAUUGCUUAUCGGUGUGCAGAGAUUAAGGCUCCGCUGGCUCAGAUUAAAAACUGUGAGCACAGAUUUGUAAACUAAGAUAAAAGAUACUCUGGCUUCUUUUUUCUGAGCUGAGACCAGGAGGGCUUAAGUUACAGCUCUAUCAACCACAUACAGCUGAACCCCUACUGCCUGUCAUUGUUGCUGUUCUGACUUGUAUGCACUUACUCUAACACCAAAUGUUAUUUAUGUUGAUAUCUCUGACCAUCCUUCAGAUCUUUGGUCCUGUUCAGUGUAUAUUCAGCUUUAAGAGCCAGCAGGAGGUCAUAGAGAGAGCAAACAGCUCAAAGUACGGCCUGGUGUCUGCAGUCUUCACAUCCAGUAUGGAGAGAGCUCUGUCUGUGUCUUCAGCCCUGGAGACCGGCACUGUUUGGUGAGUCCCUGAUACAAUACUGACAGCAGACAGCUGAUAUCAGAACAGAUAUACCUGAUGGUUUUUUUCAUUAUUCAUUAAAGAUAUGCUCAGCAUCUUUUUUUUAAUAAUAGAAAAAUGAAAGACUAAAGAUCUUUUCCUGAUGCUCACUCCAGCCAAGUCUGAAAAUGUUUUGACUUUUUUAUCCUUUUCAGAGCGAAAAUAAAAAACGUCAGUUCAUUAACAUGUAGUGAACAGCCCUUGAUGUAGACAUUAAAAAAGUCUUAAAUGUAGUAGAAUUAAAAUGUAUAACAUUUUAUAACUGAUGAAACCAAACAAUGUUUUUUUCUGUCUCUCUCUGAAGGAUCAACUGCUAUAACGCACUUCAUGCUCAGACUCCAUUUGGAGGUUAUAAGAUGUCAGGAAACGGACGUGAGCUGUAAGAAACUCCACUCUUUCUCCUGGUUUCUCCUUUAGGCUUUUUUAUCCCCCUGACCCUCCUGCUGUGUUUGUCUCUGUGCUCUCAGGGGGGAGUACGCCCUGGCCGAGUACUCAGAGGUGAAGGCAGUGACCAUCAAACUGAGUGAAACUCUGUGAGAAGAAGUGGGACGGUCCAGUGAAACAUGAGGACAACACAUGUCUUUAAUGCUCCCACACCGUCAUCUACUCUCAGUCCUGCUCCUUUCUUUUAGAUCAGGGUGAGGACAGUUUUUAGAGCUGAAACCACAUGAAAAGAUGAAGUCUACUCACUCACUCACUUGCUCACUCACUCACUCAUUCACUCAGAGGUGCUCCUGUUGUCAUCACACAGUGUCUCAUCAUUUCUGUCUGCGAAAGAACUGCAAUAUGGGAGAAAAUUGUUUUAACUCUUCUUUUAAACCUUUACUGUUUUUUUGUUUCCCAUAAAGUCUUUUUCAGGCUUUGCUCUGUGGCCAACACUGAAGCAGCAAAUUCAGGAAUGAUGCCAAACCUCAGCCCAGUUCUCUGAUCAUGGAUAGGGUCUGAUGAUAGACACUCCUCCCGGUUUGUUAGGGCCUAGGUUAGAGUCUCUGUAGGUCUGCUGAGGAAUAUAAUUUCAGUGUUAUUGCCUUUAAUCAAACUCCCAUGGAAGCUCGUCUGUGAGAUAAAAAAAAAAAAAAGAUGAAAACUCUGCCUUGAUGAGACACACAAAUACCAAAUGUUGGGAUUGAAAUAGUAAGUCAUCCUUCAAAAGAGAAAUCUGUAGUGAGACUUUAAAAUGUAGAAAUUAUGGGAGGAGAUUGUUAACUUUAAUGAAAUUAAGUCAUUAAAUAAAGGAUAAAAGGCACAAAUAUGAGGUGGAAGGUCAUUAUUCUGACACACAAUAUGUGUAAAACUUCAUGUCAUGAUUGCACUUCAUGAUAGUCAUAAUUGUGACAUUUUGUCAUAAUUAUCACUUAGUAUCUCAGUGCUUUGACUCUUCAGCUCAAAAAUCUAAUUUCUACCCCAAUAUUAACUGACUUUCUCAUAAUGUCGACUUAUUUCUCCUAAUUGUAACUUAUCUCAAAAUUUUUUACUUUUUAACCUUUUAACCAAGACUUUUUAUUUCAAAAUUAAGCCUGU